AUGGAGCCCACACAUGAUGCGCCGGCUCAAACGAGCAACCAGCAAGCACACGCCGAAUCUCAGACGCCGACGCCCAUGUCGCCACCUCGAAGCAAGACUCCCCCUACAAUCACUGGCAAGCGACCCCACAGCGAGACGCAUACAGCGAGCGGUAACGAUGGAGCCCACCGAGCGGGCAGCGAGCCGGUGAAUCCCAUCGCGCUCAACAAGGCGCUGAAAGAGGUGGAGAGAUCCGGUCAGCGCCGAGUUAGCACGCCGACCGCGAGUCCAAGCCGCAAGCGCCAGAAGGUGCAGGCAGGUGACCGUUUCAUUCCCAACAGAGCAGGUCAGGACCUCUCUGCAAGCUACAACCUGCUUCACGACGAAGGCUCGCCGGCGACUCCAUCGAAGCUGAACAAGAAAGCACCGGGCGAUCUUCAUCUCCAGAAGAGGGAGGCAAAUCGCACUUAUUCGUCCCUCUUGCGGUCUGAGAUGUUUGACAAUGAGGUCCCGCAGAUCAUCAACGAGCGCUCAGGAUCAAGAGCGCAGACUCCACCCGUCAUUGGCAACACCAACGCUACUUCGCUUCUGUCAGGAUCGGCGCUCACGCCUUCCACGCCACACAAGAAUCUCUUCUCAUACGGUCCAAGCGCGCCGGUAUCCCUCACACCGCGAUCAAUUUCACGGAGCGAGCGCGGCCCCAAUAUUAAUGCCCGAUCUGAGAUUUACAGCUUAUCACCAGUGAAGCACUCGUCUCAGUCGAUGCUUUUGUCCCCGCGCAAGACACCUCGCUCAGUCAGCAAAGUGCCCUACAAGGUGCUCGAUGCACCUGAUUUGGCCGAUGACUUCUAUCUGAACCUGGUCGACUGGGGAUCGAACGACAUUCUUGCCGUAGGUCUAGGUCCGGCAGUAUAUCUUUGGAACCGCGACACUGGUAAAGUUACCACCUUGUGUAAUCUGGAAAACGAUACAGUCACGAGCGUCAGUUGGAUCCAGCGCGGUACACACCUUGCCAUUGGUACAUCAAAAGGACUUCUUCACAUUUGGGACACGGACAAGCAGAAGCGAUUGCGAACCAUGACUGGACAUUCUUCGCGAAUCAGCAGCCUCGCUUGGAACUCGCACAUACUUUCUACCGGCUCACGGGACCGCAAUAUACUUCACAGAGAUGUGCGAUCGCCUGUAAUGCAUAUAAGGCGUCUCACGGGGCACAAGCAGGAAGUUUGCGGCCUCAAAUGGAACUCGGACACUGAGCAACUGGCGUCUGGUGGAAACGACAACAAGAUCUUCAUCUGGGACAGGAUGGACGAGCGGUGGCAACAUCGGUGGGGAGAGCAAGAAGGCGGACACAGGGCCGCAGUCAAAGCGAUUGCUUGGAACCCACAUCAACGUGGUGUGCUCGCAUCCGGAGGCGGUACAGCUGACCGUUGUAUCAAAUUCUGGAACACAAUCUCGAACGCUCAGACGUCAUCUUCGAGGAGUAUACCAAUCGAGCAGACUAACCUUGGUCUGGGUCUUACGACGUCUCCUUUGCCAGAAACGACACUUUCGCCGCAGAUGCUCAACCCACACCUAAUCAGCUCGCACGAUACAGGCAGUCAGGUUUGCAACCUCCUGUUUUCCCAGCGCACGUCCGAGUUGGUCAGCACGCACGGGUACUCUCAGCACGCCAUCAACAUCUGGAAAUAUCCAAGCAUGAACCAGGUGGUCAGCCUAACGGGCCACACAUACCGGGUCCUCUACCUCAGCAUGAGUCCCGAUGGCGCUAUCAUCGUCACUGGAGCUGGUGAUGAGACGUUGCGGUUCUGGGAUGUUUUCAAUAAACCCAACAAGGAAGCAAAGCGAGGCAUAGUGGGUGAGUGGGGAGUGAUUCGAUAG